UAGGGUAGACAAAGGCGAGUGCUUCUCCUGUACAUACAUACGUGCAAGGUGGAAAUUCACGAUUUUUUCAUCUUAUCGCAACAAAUUUACAAUUUUUUAUCUCUGUUUUUGGCUAAAAUUACGAAAUUUGUCGUUCUUUUUUGGUUAGAAAAGUUUCGAAAUUAAGAGAAAUUGAAAUUAUUGAAAUUCUAAAGUGCAUCCCCCCACUAAGAAUUUAAAAUCCUCACAAAAUUUGCCACCUUUUUGGUUAAAAUCGUUUAGAAAUAAGCGAUGAAAUGCAAAAUACAGGGAGGCUGGAAUUAUUAAAAUUUUAAAGUGCAUAACACCGCUGAAAAUUUUUACGAAAUUCAGCUCAACAUUUUUGCUAAAACGGUUUCGCAUAAUAAUUCUGUGCAUUUCAAAAAUUAAGCGAAAUUUCGGAACAUUGAAAAAUUAAAAAUUAAAAUAAAAUCCUGAAAAAAUUGAAUUAUUUCUAAAUUUCAUCCCACCAGUUCAAAUUUACGAAAAUUCAUCUCCUCUUUCUGCAAAUUUCAAAGAGUUUACUGAAACCCUGAAUAAAAUGGAAUUUCCGAUGGUACAAUUACCCCCAAAUUUGAGGAAACUUCUCGACAAAAAUGGUGGCCUUUACAGUUUCCAUAAAUUCCAAGAGGACAAAAUCGUCGCCAAGUGUAACCUCUGUCCAAACAAAGUUAUCAAAUGUUCCAUCACCGUCAGCUCCAAUCUCCUCAGCCAUUACAAGACGGUCCAUCCCCACCAGUACAAAGCCUGGAUGGAUAAAAAACAGCAAAAAAUAAUGACCAGAAGUCAAUUACUUGUAACAAUACGGAAAUGUUUUACGGAUCCGAAACCCCAUAAAAUUGAAGAGGAAACCAUUUCACACAAAGAUCUCGUUAUUCCUAUCACCAAAUUUUUAAUCUCGACCUCCUCCCCGAUGUCCAUUCUUCAAGAUGCGACCUUCCUUGAUCUCGUCAAGUGGAAUUUAUUUUAAAAUUCUGGAGAAUAAAUUUGUAGAGCAGGGAGUUACCAAUUUUUUGAAAAUAUGCACCCCAGAUUUUGACCCUUUAUGAAGAUCUCCGGUUGAAGAAGCCUUCAGAAAAAUUGGAACUCAUCAAAACUGGCUGAAAAAACUAUUAAUGAUGCAAUUUUGUCAUUCAGAAUUUUAAAAUAAGUUCCCAGAGACAAGAAAUGAUACAAAAGUGUGCUGAUUUUGACCAACCUACAUAAUAAUCGAACCCCAACUUCUAUCUUCUAAAAAUCUCAAUCCUACCGCAAUCCUACCCAAGGAAAGCCUUAUCAAGACAAAAAUCGAAACCCUUCGUCACUCUUUGGUCUCCGAAUUAAAGGAUACAUUCGCCCAACUUGAUUUCCUCUGCGUCACGGCGGAUUGUUCAGAAACGUCGACGUCGACCCUUCUCGUCAAGCUCACGGCGCACUGGUUGUCGUCGUCCGAUUUGACGAAACGUAACUCCGCUGUGUUGGCAGUGCGCAGAUUUAUUAAAUCAGGAGAUCACGAAAUUAUUGGGCUUAUCUCAUCCAUCCUAUUUCACGAGUAUGGUCUCGAUAAGGACAAAAUUGUUUGUGUCAUGACCGGAAGUAACCUUCCCAAAUGUGACGACCAUUUGUCUUCCGAUUAUCAAGGUCACGGCGACUCUGAUAUUCUUCCCAAACAUUUUCCACCCCAUUUCAACUUUAUGUCCGGUAUUCUUACUCGUAUCGCGGAGGAAGAACCCACCAAGAUUUCUGAUCCAAUUUUCCACUCUGCAUUUACAAAAUUCAGUACCCUCUGUACUCUGGCAUCUUCCAAGCCCUUCCAAACUCCGGAUAACUCAAUCUUCCCAACGCACAAAAUUUCCAAUUGGACCUCACAAUUCGACGCUAUCUCUGCCCUACUUUCCAUAAAAGAAGAUUCCCUCCCCCAGAUUUGCCACGCUUUAAACCUCCCAAAUUUUACCCCUGAAGAAAUCUCAUCCUUAACCCAAUACACCUCAAUGUUAUCUCAUGUCCACUCCACCAUCACAAAUUUCCACUCUUCGGAAACUUAUUUUGGCGACGUUUUCCCCGAAAUUCUUCGCCUUCACGCCAAAUUAAACGAGGUUCGUCACCAAGCAAGCAAUGGGAUGAUCGCUGACCAGAUAAUUUCCGGGCUACAAACAAAAUUCACAUCCUUGUACGAAUUUUCCCCGAAAUCCGAACCCUUCAUUAUCGCCUCGAUGUCGCACCCAUUUUUCAAAACGAGAUGGAUUCCGGCCCAUCGCGUGGACCAGUGCAAAAGCGUAUUUUACAAGGUCGCGCUUGAAAUGGGGGACAAAAAUCUUAAAUAUUCCCAACCUCGCAUCGAUUUUCAUCAAAUUUCCAAAAAAGCGAAACGAUUCGGAUUUGAGGAUGUAGAUUAUGCCCCCAAAAAUCCCGUGGAACUCGAAUGUCUCAAAUAUUACGAGGAAAAGCGGACAGAUUUCCACAUUUUGGACGAGUAUCCACUAAUUCGACGCAUUUUUCGGAAGUACAACACCCCACUGAAGUCAAAUCCGGAAGAAUCGGGGUCAUUUAACAGCUUUAAAGACGACGACGACACCGUAUUCGAAGCCAUCGCCAUGCUUAAAAUCAAUUUUAGUGACACAAAUAAUGAUCUCGACUAUAGUGCACAGUGUAACAUUAAAUUGGAACCAAUUUCAUAAUUUUAACUUUAAUUAAUUAUUUUGCAAAUUAAGAUGGAUAAUUCAAAUUUAAAUUGGAGAU